AUGUCACAGAAAACAGAGCUGGAUGAAAUCGCCCUCGUGCCAACAUUACAAGACAGCACACCGUCAGGAGCGACGACAUCACGCACAGAAGAGACCGUAGUACACGUAGUACCCAAUCGUACUGAUUCUAGAAAAACUAAAUUAGCAAAAAAGUAUCAACGGACACCGAUAGCUUUUUAUCAGGCUCUUGUCCUAGGCGCUGUACUUCUGUUGUUGAUACUGUUAUGUGUUGCUUUUGAGACGUGGAGGAGCACAAAUCGAGCUGAUGAUAAACCUAUUCCACAUGAUCGAGAAGAUGAGGAGUAUCAUCUAGCCCUAGUUGAGCUUGUGAAUAGUCAACCAGGUGUAACGUGGAAGGCUCAGUAUAACAGAUUUGCUUCACGACCCGAAUAUGGUCCCAAUAGCGGUGAUGCGGACUCCGCGAAAAUGUUGUUGAAGAAGUUUUUCCAUUUAGAAGAAGGUCACCUUCUCCAGGAUACCGAAAAACACAUAGAAUCAUUAUGGAAAUUAGAAGUUGAUAUCCCAAAGACAUUCGACGCCAGAACGGCUUGGCCUGAAUGCUGGGCAGUCCACCAGAUAUUCAACCAAGCAGGUUGUGGAUCCUGUUGGUCUGUAGCAGCCGCAUCUGUUAUGUCGGAUCGUGUAUGCAUAAGCUCAAAUGCUACUUCACAAACCCAAAUCAGUGCUCUUGAUCUGACCUCAUGCUGUUUAUCGUGUGGAGGAUGUCAAGGUACGCAUUGGGCACUAUCAGCAUUCACCUAUUGGAAAGAACAUGGUAUCGUCUCCGGAGGUUCCUAUGGGAGCCAUGAGGGAUGUCGGCCGUACGUGUUUGAGCCAACAUGUGGGAGUCCCUGUGGAGCAGCGCUUUACCGCAAAGAUAGGACACCACGAUGUGAAAGGCAAUGUCAAAGUCUCUAUCAUCGAUCGUAUGAGCACGAUAUCGUUCAAGCCAAACAAGCCUACUGGUUACGAGCCAUAAAUGGGAGUUCUGAGCUCACACCUGUGGUCAAAGUGACUCUCAAUAGACUUACCAAUGGGAGAAUCACCGAAUUGCUGCAAAGAGAACUGGUAACGUAUGGACCGGUACUAGCAUGCUUCACACUUCAUGAAGAUUUCCAACAUUACAAGUCAGGUAUUUACAAAACAGAGGAGAAUCGAUCACUACAACUUUACGGACACUGUGCAAAGCUGAUCGGAUGGGGAGAAGAGGGCGGAGUCAAGUAUUGGCAGUACGCCAACACAUGGGGCCGUGACUGGGGAGAGAACGGCUUCUUCCGAAUCGAUAUGAGUGAGGUUCCAGAAGAGGUUGUUGCUGGUACUAUGUAA